GUUUGCUGUGCAGCGCUGCAGGGGAUCACGAUGGAAAAAGUGCUUGUGCUCCCACUGUUUCUCCUCCUUUCAGCAUUAACAGAGAUUUAUGUGGAGGCUGGUGAGAUGGUGGCGCUGUACUGCCGUCUGAAUGGGGAGGAUAAUCACCGUGAUGCUGAGCUGAUCUGGACCAGUCCCCCGAGCCAGGAGAUGGAUCAGACCCCCAACAUGUCGUCAGCUGAGCAGAGGCACAGGGACCUGCUGGUUCAUGGGAGGAGCCUGGUGAUUCUCAACGCCACUGCAAACCAUCAGGGGAAUUACUCCUGCUCUCUGGGCAAUACCAGCAGCCAGCUUUGGUUCAGACUGAGAGUUUGUACAAAACAGUCCAGAGGGUGCGAGCAGAGGAGCCGUUACCCUCACCCAUGUCACUCACAAGAGGCCUGCCAAUUGAAUUGUCCUGAUGUAAACACACCAGCUGUCACCCUCAACAUUACCAGCAAUGGCGUUAUAUGGUACAAGGAAGGCGAGUCAACACCAAAAGCCAGUUACUUCUCAAGUGUUGAAGAGAAGGACCAUGGUGUCUACACCUGUACCAGAUCUUACCUGUAUUAUGGUAACAUAUAUAACAUGACCUUUACAGUGGUGCUUGAUAUCCAACCAAAGGAAAGACUUCGACUUCCUCCAGUGAUCAUAUCACCAAAAAGUGGUGUAAUUCAUGUAAAUUUGGGCUCUCCAAAGGUGAUUGAUUGUAAAGCUCUCAUGGAUUCGGAAUUUGAUGAGGUGUUCUGGUUUAGCACUGAUUCAUUUGUGGAAACAAACAGCAGCUUUCCCGUUUUCUACAAUUACACAAAGGAAAUACAUGGUGAAGAGAUAAAGAUGACGGCAUCUCUAGUUUUCAAAAAGGUGUCAGAUGAGGAUCUAUUAAAAAAUUACACCUGUAAACUGCAAACUGUUACUGGACCCUCAACAAGUGUCACCAUCAGCUUGUCCCAAAAACAUUCCCCUUCUUAUGUUCCCCUGGCUCUUAGCAUUGUCGGCUUUGUGGUGAUGAUUUUGGCAGUAGUUGUCUAUGUGAGGUUCAAAAUGAUCAGCGUGCGUACAAAUCAGACUAUAUAGGACAUAUUAAAAUGGCAAUUGUUUUUGCCUAUCCAUAUGUUCUAAAGAAAUGGGGGGCAGCAUUUCACCUCUACUACUGGGUCCAUGCGAUCUAGAUAUACAGUCUAGUUAUAUAUCUAAAAAAAUAAGGGUCAGUACCCCAGGGUCAGUAAUCCAGGGUCAGACCCCCGCUACAGUUGUUGGUUAGCAUGCUAAUUUCAGUAUCUAGAAAUUCAAUACAUUCAAUCUUUAACAUAACUAAUCACUGUAACCUCUUCACAUUCCGUUGAUAAUGUAA